CAACCAGGUACUCACGUACUGUGACAUGACUUCUGGUGGUGGAAAGUGGACAGUGUUCCUGUCUCGCGACGCCGACCACUCCGACCAGGAGCAUUUCAACAGGACUUGGGACGAGUACAAGGAAGGUUUCGGAGCCUGUGACCAGGAGUACUGGCUCGGUAACGAAAUCCUGUACAACCUCACGAACGACAAACCCCACGAACUGCGAAUCGAAGGGACCGACGUGGGCGGCGUUACAAAAUGGGCGGUCUACGGCAACUUCAAAGUUGACAGCGAGGAGAACAACUACCAGGUCACCAUAUCAGGGUAUGACCCCUCGAGCACGAUGGGCAAUCUCUUGACACCCACCCCGGCUUUGGCCAAUCUCAACGGGAUGGAGUUUUCCACUUUGGAUGAGGACAAUGAUAAUUUUGGCGGCGGAAGCUGUGCCAAGUUCUACAACAAUGGGGGAGGAUUUUGGUACAACGCCUGUUCCUUCAUAGGCCCCACGAACAACGCUGACGUCCUAUGCUAUUACUGGAAUACUGGCGUAGCAGGUCCUGUCGUACUGAAGAAACUGAAGAUGUCAAUUCGUCCCAAGUAAGGGUCAGAAGGCAGGACGGACACUUUGGUAGGUUAGGUGAGGGACUCGAGGCAAGACUUUGCGCCUAGACUGUACGGUGUAGAAAAGUGACUCGUGACGUUAUAACCCACUGAAAGAAUGUUGUGAUUAAAUUGUACACCAGGAUAAGUAGGUUGUGACUAAACUGUACCCCAUGAAAAAUAUGUUGUGAUUAAAUUGUGCCCCGUGAAAAGCGGGUUGCAAAUAAAUUGUAUCCCACUUGGAAUAUGUUGCAAAUAAAUUGUAUCCCACUUGGAAUAUGUUGCAAUUAAAUUGUACCCCACUUGGAAUAUGUUGCGAUUAAAUUGUACCCCACUUGGAAUAUGUUGCGAUUAAAUUGUACAUCACUGAAAGAAGUUGCAAUUAACUUGUACACCACUGAAGGUAUGUUGCAGUUAAAUUGUACACCAGGAUAAAUAAAUAUGUUGUGAUUAAAUUGUACCCCCAUGGAAAGUAUGUUGCAAAUAAAUCAUACCCCACAGAAAGUGUGUCGCGAUUAAAUUGUACCCCACUUGGAAAAUAUUACAAUUAAAUUGUACACUUCUGAAAGUAUGUUGCAAUUAAAUUGUACACCAGGAUAAGCAUGUUGUGAUUAAAUAGUACACCAUGAAA